UUCUUCCGUACUGACGUCGCAGGAGACGGUCACGUGACCGGCCAGGAGGCUCCGACUGGAAAAUCUUUGGAAUAACAAUUCCGGCUAAUAAUAAUAAUAACUGUUUCUGUAUUCAUACCGGACGUUGUUUUGAGUCUGUAGGAGUGUUAGAGCUGCACGGAGGUAGGCUGGCUACCCGGACCGGCCCAUAUAAACUCAGCCGGACAGUAUGGAGAACUAUUGGAUGUUUACGGACUGUAUCUCCCACCAGGAGGCUACACGGUCGCUGCUUUACUCUGUUAGCAGCUAGCGUCUACUUUCAACCUUUAUCUACCAGGUCCUUUUUACAUUGGGUACGAUUAAUCUUUUGUUUUUGUGCCGGGUUAGCCAACUUGCUGGUAUAGCUCGUUAAUAAACGGCCGCUUAUCUCCUCCUUCUGUUAUUUAACUGUAGUAAGUCAGCUACAGCCCAGCUGUGCCUUAACUGUCCCAUAUAACGAAGUGCUGCGAGAACAUGUCUGCGACCAAACUCUGAGUGUUUUUCUGUCAAGUUUUACGAAGAUUUUAUCGAAAAAUGAAGCGGUCCCUGGCUCCUGGCAUACGGCUUAUCACGUCCUUUUCUCGAGAUGGUUGGUAUCGCGGUUUCAUUCUUUUCCUCACUUUUCUCUUCUACACGGCAUACCAUCUGUCACGGAAACCUAUCAGCAUUGUUAAGAGUCAGCUGCACAGGAACUGCUCCACAGUCAUAAAGCCUGCAGACCUCAACAUAACCGAUAAUGAUACUUGGUGCGACUGGGCUCCCUUUGACCAGAACAACUACCAGACGCUGUUUGGGUACUUGGACAACUCCUUCCUGGUUGCCUAUGCCAUUGGCAUGUUUAUCAGUGGGAUAUUUGGAGAGCGCCUACCUCUGCGGUACUACCUGAGUUUCGGGAUGCUGAUGAGUGGGUUGUUCACAUGUCUGUUUGGCCUGGGCUUCUACUUGAACAUCCACUCUUUAGGGUACUACGCCUUCAUCCAGGUCAUGAACGGGCUGAUGCAGACCACCGGUUGGCCAUCUGUGGUGGCUUGUGUCGGCAACUGGUUUGGAAAGGGGAAGCGUGGCUUCAUCAUGGGUGUCUGGAACUCCCACACCUCAGUGGGAAACAUCUUGGGCUCCCUCAUUGCAGGAGUCUACGUCUCUUCAGCUUGGGGAAUGUCCUUUAUCGUCCCUGGGCUCAUCAUCGCCUCCGCGGGGAUCCUCUGCUUCUUCUUCCUGGUUGAAAAACCUGAGGACGUCGACUGCACUCCUCCUCAACACCACGGCAACCAGGAGAGCGGUGAGACGGAACCUCUCCUGCAGAACUCGUCCCACACUGACAGAACUGUGAACGGUGCCAUCACCACAGAGUCUGUGGAGGUUAUUGAGGAGCACACCGAGGCCAUUAGCUUCUGUGGAGCUCUCUGUAUACCUGGAGUGGUGGAGUUCUCUCUCUGUCUGCUGUUCGCAAAACUGGUCAGCUACACUUUUCUGUACUGGCUUCCACUUUACAUCUCAAAUGUUGCACAUUUUAAGGCAAAAGAGGCAGGAGACAUGUCAACCCUAUUUGAUGUUGGAGGAAUCGUAGGAGGCAUCACGGCCGGCCUUGUGUCUGACUACACUGGUGGGAGAGCGACAACUUGCUGUGUCAUGUUGCUUGGUGCUGCCCCUAUGCUUUUCCUCUAUAAUUACAUUGGACAAAGGAGCCUUGGUACUACAAUUGGUAUGCUGCUGUUGUGUGGAGGCCUGGUGAAUGGACCGUACGCCCUUAUUACUACUGCUGUAUCUGCUGACCUGGGAACACACGAGAGUCUAAGAGGAAACUCCAGGGCAUUGUCAACAGUGACGGCAAUCAUUGACGGGACCGGUUCAAUAGGAGCUGCUCUGGGCCCUCUGUUAGCCGGCAUCAUCUCUCCCACCGGCUGGAACAACGUCUUCUACAUGCUCAUCUCUGCUGACAUCUUAGCCUGCCUGUUUUUGUCCAGGCUCGUUUACAAGGAAGCUCAGGGUUGGUGUAGACGUGCUCCUCGAGUCAGAGGGUUCAAAGAAAUCUGAAACACACUGGGAACAAAACACACAAAAGAGGGAACAAUGCCGAAACUGACCUCACUGCACCAUUUUCCUUUCUGGCUGAAUGGAAACAAAGCCAUCAGAUGAAGAUUUAAGCGCACUAAACUGACGAUUGAAGCCUUCUUCUUAAUGUAAAAGAGAGAGAAAAUGCCUUUUUAGAGACAGAGCUUUUUUAUGACUAAUCUUCUGAUUCUAAUUUGUUUGUUUUAAUAUUCGUUUAUCAUUAAAGUGUAUAUACUGUGCA